UGGCAGUAUAUAAAGGUCCAAGGCUAGUAGAAGACAUGCACUUCACCACAUCCUCUUGCAACCCACGUGAAUUCUCUUCUCUUGACAAGAUGUGUUGCAACUACGGCAACUCCUGUGGCUAUGGCUGUGGAUAUGGCUAUGGCUGUGGAUGUGGCCCCUAUUAUGGCUGUGGUUAUGGAACAGGCUAUGGCUGUGGCUCUGGUACUGGAUAUGGCUGUGGAUAUGGCUCACGGUAUGGCUGUGGCUCUGGCUGUGGAUAUGGCUCCUGCUGUGGCUAUGGCACUGGAUAUGGCUGUGGCUAUGGCUAUGGCUCCAGCUGCUGUGCCUACCGGCCAUUUUUCUAUAGAAGAUGUUAUUCUUCUUGCUGCUAGAACAUCACUGUUCAAACCCCACUUGCUUCUGAAAUGACACGCCUUAAGAGAAGGCUGAUUCAAGAAUCCAUACCCCAAGACUUCUAUAUGUAAGAAAUUGCAUGCUUUGUAGAAGAUUUGACCACCAUUAACAUUUGUAGGAUGGCAUCUUGUGGCUGUGUAGUAUCAUCUUACUGUUUUCCAUACAUUGGGCUUUACUCCCUUAAUCUGGAUUCUGUUUUGUGACUGUGGCAAUGAUCCAAACAUUCCACAGCUAGGCAAAUCCCUUAUUCUCAAUAAAAAUGGUUCUUUGCUUCUAACACAUCCUGUGAAUUACUCCUUUUUUUGAGGUGUUAUGGUGUCUCUUGAAAUCCAGCUGACAAUAUAUUUCAUGAACCCUCGACUUUUCUCCUUGAUACAAUACAAGCAUUUCUUCUCUUAUGUACAUCAGAGAUAAUGUCUUCUCCACCUAUUUCUUGCAUCCUUCAUACUCAGCCCUUACACAGUAUUUCAUAACUGAGUCCUGAAAAUCACACUGUAUCUAGAAU